AUUGGAGUUAAACUUGUCCAACAUCGAAUCGGAAAAUCAGGUUCUUCGCCAACAAGCUUUGGUUGCUUCAACCAAUGAAGACCUCUCAGAAGAGUUGACAAACCUCAAGAGUAAAGUUGCAGAUUUGGAAUCAGAGAAUGAACUUCUCCGCAGCAAACCUGUAGUAGUUGUGGAACAGAAAACUAGUUCAGAAAUCCUACAACCACCACCAGUCAAGGUUUAUGAUAAUGGGCAUCUAACAGAGGAAGAACUUCACAAAUCUAAGAUUGACCACUUCAUCCCUGGAACUUUUAUGAUGGUGCAGGUUCAUGAUAAUGGGCAUCAAACAGAGGAAGUGCUUCUUAGACCAAAG